UCAUCCAACUUUAUUUGCUAAUAAGUAAACCGUACUCUUUUUUUUUUUUUCUCCGCCAUUUUUUCAAGUACCGAACUUAUCACACUUCCAUAGUCACACUCCUUUCCUCCAAGAGGCCAACCUGGCCUAAUCUUAUUUCUUAUUCAUCUCCUAUAGCGCACCCAGCCUUCCGGUAUACCGGAUUCCCCCCUUGAAGGAAAAAAAAAAAGUGAAAAUGGGCGACGACCAUUACAUAACAUCGGAAGAUCCUGAUCACCCGGCAAACCUCAUCCCUUCCCUAUGCGCCAAGUUUUGGACUUUGGGCUGGGUUACGGGGACGGGAGGAGGAUGUUCUAUUCGCAACGAUGAUUUAGUAUAUAUCGCACCUUCAGGCGUCCAGAAGGAGCUUAUGAAGAACACUGAUAUCUACGUGCUCGCGCUAUCCAAGCAGACGGACCUCAAGAACCGCGUCUACCUGCGAGCUCCGCCGUGCGGUCGGCCCUCGCAAUGCACACCGCUGUUCCUCGCAGCCUUCACCAAGCGGGGAGCCGGCUGCUGUAUCCACACCCAUUCCCACUGGGCCGUGCUCGUCACCCUGCUCCUUGAGGCUCAGGGCCCCGGCAAGGACAAGCUGUUCGAGAUCAACAACAUCGAGCAGAUCAAGGGCUUCGGCAAGGGCUUCCAGCAGCAGGGUAACCUGGGCUACCACGACACCCUGCGCAUCCCCGUCAUCGAGAACACGGCCCACGAGGAAGAUCUCACCGAGUUCUUGGAAGAGGCUAUGGAUCAACACCCGGACACCUAUGCGGUCCUGGUACGGAGACAUGGUGUCUACGUCUGGGGCGACAAUGUCCACAAGGCAAAGACCAUGUGUGAAAGUCUCGAUUAUCUCUUCCAGCUGGCGGUAGAAAUGAAGCAACUAGGCAUCCCAUGGCUAAGCGAUGUUCCCGUAACAGUGCCAACUUCGAGGCGGUAAAGGAUACAUACUAUUCCAACUUCAGGCAAAAACAUUAUCACGUAAAAACUAAGAGCAUAGAAGGGGUAAGGAAGGUA